AAUUUAGAACAAAACAUUGUUUAUAUACAAAUCCACAUUUUUACGUUAAAUUUGUUAUUUUUAUAACUAUAAAACCUUUAAAAUAAUGGAAAAAACAAAAGGAUUUUAUGAUCUUUGUGUCCCAUUUAAUAAAGAUCAAAAAGUUAUGACAUCUAUAGUCAAAGAACUCAUUGAACUUGGAUAUAAAACAAUAGCAAUCGAAGAAAUAUUCGAUCACUCUAAAAAAGAUGCAAAUAAAAGAGGCUCUGAAAUGUUUCCAGAACCGGCCGAUGUCAGUUUCCUCAAUGAAUUCAAGAAUAAAAUAAAAAUCCUUAGCCGACUAACAAUUAUUUACGUUGAUGUAUCGGUAUCACACGCUAUGUCGAAUUCUAUGAAUAUCAAGAAAUUCAACAUUGUUGCCGGUUUGCCAAAGAACGAUGUCACCCUAACCCAUUGUUGUACGACAUUCAAUGGUGACAUUGUCACCUUUGAUCCCGAGGGAAGUAAACUCCUAGUCAAUCGCAAAAACUACCAAGUCGCCGUUAAACGUGGAGUUUUUUUCGAAAUCAAGUACUCGCCAGUUAUCACGAAUUCUAGCUGCCGAAAGGACACAAUUAAGCUGACACACAAUUACCAUGCCAAGGGUAAAUCAAAAAGCAUAAUUCUUUCCAGUGGGGCAAGGAACAUAUUCGACCUUAGAGGUCCCUUUGAUAUUAGCAACUUAGCUUUAAUAUUUGGAUUGUCAGAAGAUCAAGGAAAAAAUUCAAUAGGAAGUACUUGUCGCCAAUUAGUACUUCGAGCAGAAGCACGACGCCUUGGUAAAACCAUAAUGUUCGCCAAAGGAGCUGGUCCAAUCUGUCUAUCUUCAUCAUCUGGAGAAAGUUCUUCAGAAGAGGAUGAGAUGGAAGGAGGUAAAAAUGAAUCAGGUGACGAUGAUGAUGAUAUGAAUGAACAACCAAAUAAAAAGAAAAAACUAUGGAAGAUUGUUAAAACGUCUUGA